AUGUUUCUCCGCCACCUUCGCCUGCUGUGUUCAGCUCCGCCCAUUGAAGCCAUGGAGGUGGAGUCUGCGGAGGCCCCGUCCUCUGCCCCUGGCUACAAGCGCUCCGGCCGCCGCUACAAGUGCCUGUCCUGUACUAAGACAUUUCCAAAUGCGCCCAGGGCAGCGCGACAUGCUGCCACACAUGGUCCUGCAGACUGCGCGGAGGAGGUGGCGGAUGCGAUGCUGAAGCCAGAGACAGAACCCAAAGCAGAGGAUGCGGGCGGGGACAAGGUGUCAGGUGCAUCGGCUAAGCCUCGGCCCUAUGCAUGCCCGCUGUGCCCCAAGGCCUACAAAACGGCACCCGAGCUGCGCAGUCACGGUCGCAGCCACACUGGCGAAAAGCCCUUCCCUUGCCCUGAGUGUGGCCGCCGCUUCAUGCAGCCCGUGUGCCUGCGCGUGCACCUGGCCUCACACGCUGGUGAGCUGCCUUUCCGCUGCGCUCACUGCCCCAAGGCCUACGGCGCGCUCUCCAAGCUCAAGAUUCACCAGCGCGGUCACACUGGUGAGCGGCCCUACGCUUGUGCGGACUGCGGCAAGAGCUUCGCCGACCCUUCGGUGUUCCGCAAACACCGGCGCACGCACGCAGGCCUGCGGCCCUACAGCUGUGAGCGCUGCGGCAAGGCCUACGCGGAGCUCAAGGACCUACGCAACCACGAGCGGUCCCACACGGGUGAGCGCCCCUUCCUCUGCUCAGAGUGUGGGAAGAGCUUCUCCCGCUCAUCCUCGCUCACGUGCCACCAGCGCAUCCAUGCGGCACAGAAGCCCUAUCGCUGCCCAGCCUGCGGCAAGGGCUUCACGCAGCUCAGCUCCUACCAGAGCCAUGAGCGCACCCACUCCGGCGAGAAGCCCUUCCUGUGCCCACGUUGCGGCCGCAUGUUCUCCGACCCCUCGAGCUUCCGGCGCCACCAGCGGGCCCACGAGGGCGUGAAGCCAUACCGCUGCGAGAAGUGCGGCAAAGACUUCCGGCAGCCUGCAGACCUGGCCAUGCACCGGCGGGUGCACACGGGUGACCGGCCGUUCAAGUGCCUGCAGUGUGACAAGACGUUUGUGGCGUCUUGGGACCUCAAGCGCCAUGCUUUGGUGCACUCAGGCCAGCGGCCCUUCCGCUGUGAGGAGUGCGGUCGAGCCUUUGCCGAGCGAGCCAGCCUCACCAAGCACAGCCGGGUGCACUCAGGUGAGCGCCCCUUCCACUGUAAUGCCUGUGGAAAGUCCUUCGUGGUAUCUUCAAGCCUGAGGAAGCACGAGCGGACCCAUCGAAGUAGUGAGGCUGCAGGGGCUCCCCCGCAACAGGAGCUGGUAGUGGGGCUGGCGCUGCCGGUCAGCGUGGCUGGCGAGGGCUCUGCAGCCCCGGGGGCAGGUGCAGGCCUAGGGGACCCUCCGGCAGGGCUGCUGGGGCUGCCACCGGAAUCAGGUGGUGUGAUGGCCACCCAGUGGCAAGUGGUGGGCAUGACGGUGGAACACGUGGAGUGCCAAGAUGCUGGGGUUGGGGAGGCUCCUGGUCCCUUGGGAGGGGCAGGUGAGGUGGGGGGCGAGGAGGUGGAUGAGAAGCCACCGCAGUUUGUGUGCCGGGAGUGCAAGGAGACAUUCUCCACUCUGACGUUGCUGCGACGGCAUGAGCGCUCACACCCAGAGCUCCGGCCCUUUCCCUGCACCCAGUGUGGCAAGAGCUUCUCUGACCGGGCAGGGCUGCGCAAACACAGCCGCACCCAUAGCUCUGUGCGCCCCUACACCUGCCCCCACUGCCCCAAGGCCUUCUUGAGUGCCAGCGACCUGCGCAAGCACGAGCGCACCCACCCUGUGUCCAUCGGGACCCCCACGCCCCUGGAGCCCCUUGUGGCUUUGCUAGGAAUGCCUGAAGAGGGACCAGCUUGAGGCCCAUGUCCCCUACACCUCACUCCCAGAAGCCCAGACCUCCUAGGAGGCCUCCUGAACCUCUCUGCCCUAGCUCACUCUUUAGACUCCAGAUCCUUGCCCCCCUCCCAGGCCGCUAGCUCUUACUUGCCAACAAAGAGCUGGGGACGAUGGAGGCGGGCAGCAGCUGUUGAGAGACACGUGUCACUCUGAGUAACAUUCAUUAAAGCAUUUACUUUGA